GACUCCCAGUCCCGGCACUGGGCAGGAGCGGGUGAUACCCCGAACUGGCAGAGUCGGGCUCGCUCAGGGAUCCUUGCACCUUUGCAGGCUCUGCUGUGAGCAGCGAUGGAGAGCGUUCGUGUGCUGGGAGCUGGGGCCGUGCUGGUGGCACUGGUGGUGCUGGGAGCCCAUGGGGCUGGUGGCGAGGAGACCUCAGGGUAUUUUGAGCUCCAGUUUAAGGCUGACUGUUCCUUCACCAACGGCACCGAGCGGGUGAAGCUUGUGACGAGAGUCAUCUACAACCGGGAGCAGUACGUGCACUUCGACAGCGAUGUGGGGCACUUUGUGGCUGACACCCCCCUGGGCGAUAGCAGUGCCAAGGACUGGAACAGCCAGCCGGACGUCCUGGAGAGGGCACGGACCGAGGUGGACACAGUCUGUCGGCACAACUACCGGGAGUGGACGCCUUUCAUCGUGGAGAGGAGAGUUCAGCCCCAGUUGGAAAUCUACCCGAUGCAGUCGGGCUCCCUGCCCCAGACCGACAGGCUGGUUUGCGCCGUGACGGGUUUUUACCCCUCGGAGAUCGAGGUGAAGUGGCUGAGGAACGGGCAGGAGGAGACGGAGCACGUGGUGUCCACGGAGGUGAUGCAGAACGGGGACUGGACCUACCAGGUGCUGGUGAUGCUGGAAACCACCCCGCAGCGCGGGGACACCUACACCUGCCACGUGGAGCACGUCAGCCUGCAGCACCCCGUCACCCUGCACUGGGAGCUGCAGUCGGACGGCGCCAGGAGCAAGAUGCUGACGGGGGUGGGGGGCUUCGUGCUGGGGCUCAUCUUCCUGGCGCUGGGGCUCUUCCUCUACGUGCGCAAGAAGGUGAGGGGCCGGGAGACUUUGGGGGGGUGA